CAUCACACGUUUGUCUUUUUGCACUAGAUAAGAGACUGCGCGGAAGAAAGAAUUUGUGUCAACCAUGUCAUUGAGCAAGAAUAUAUACGAACUUGCUGCGAUUGCAGGAAGUGCACGGACGAUCUUGAAUGGAUCAACGGCAAUUAUUUGGAAAGAUGUGAAGAAUAUGAAGGACAAUUCGUUAAUUGUUGGAAGUUUGGAUCGGGAUUCUGGGAUGUGGAGUGAGGCCAGAAGUCGGAGUUUGAAGGCAAGAGCUGGAAGUAAGAAUAUUAAAAGUGUGACUCAAAAGGGUGGAGUCCGGUCUCUUCACACUUCUACAAGAAAUUACUCCACCAAAUCAUUUUCACUGCCUCUUGAAGAAGAGGUGGUUUCCUCAGAACAUGCCAGUUCCACCCCCAUUGGAUCCAAGGAGAAAGUUGCCUUUGAACUUUCUUCAAGUGAAGUGCCAAGCACUAGACUUGCAAGAAUCUUCCAUUAUGGAAGUCUUGCAGCAGGUAUGGGUAUUGGAGCAGCCCAACAGGGACUCAAACAUUAUGCCUCGGGCAACAAAUCAUCGAUUUCCAUGAAAUCUCUCUUACUUUCCCCACAAAAUAUCGAAAGAAUGGCGAAAAAAUUCAGUAAAAUGAGAGGUGCAGCCUUGAAAAUCGGACAAAUGAUGUCAUUUCAAGAUUCUUCCAUCCUCCCUGCGGAAAUCCAACAAAUCUUACUUCGAGUACAGAAUUCCGCUCAUUAUAUGCCUCCAGGACAAUUGGAACGGGUCAUGAAGAAAGACUUGGGAGUCAAUUGGAGAGAAAGAUUAUUCACUUCAUUUGAUGAUGUCCCCAUUGCAGCAGCCUCAAUUGGCCAGGUUCACACGGCCGUGACCGAGGAUUUGACCCCAGUAGUGGUCAAGGUUCAAUAUCCAGGAGUGGUUGAUUCCAUCGACUCGGACUUGAACAACUUGUUGAUGCUCUUGACCGCUUCUUCCAUCCUCCCAGCAGGGUUAUUUUUGGAUAAAACCAUUGCCAAUGCCCGUACCGAGUUGAAAUGGGAAUGUGAUUACAUCAGAGAAGCACAGAAUUUGAUUAGAUUCCGUGAUAUGAUCAAGGAUGAUGAAGUUUUCACCGUACCAAAAGUGUUCAAUGCCCUCUCCGGCGAGCACGUGCUCACCAUGGAAAGAAUGAGAGGGGUUGAGAUUGUCAAGGGAAAUUGGGAUCAAAACACCAAGAAUUGGAUUGCCACCAAUAUCAUGAGAUUAUGUUUACUUGAAAUCAAAAAGUACAAGUUUAUGCAGACCGACCCCAAUUGGGCAAACUUCUUGUACAACGAAACGACCGGUAAAAUUGAAUUGUUGGACUUUGGUGCAGCCAGAGACUUUGGUGACGAGUUUGUCGAUGACUAUGUCAAUGUCUUGAGAGCUGCCGUCCGGAAAGACCGUGACCAAGUUGAACAUUUCCUGAAGAAAUUGGGAUAUUUGACUGGAUUGGAAUCUCCACAAAUGACCGAGGCACAUAUUGACUCGGUGAUGGUUUUGGGUGAAGCGUUCUCCCCCAUUGAUAACAAGGGACAACUGUUCAAUUUCAAGAACCAAACCAUCACCGACAGAGUGCGUGGCAAUGUUGGUGUCAUGUUGAGCGAAAGAUUGACCCCUCCCCCUGAGGAAACCUACUCCUUGCACAGAAAGUUGAGUGGUGUCUUUUUGUUAUGUUCCAGAUUGGGCGCCACCGUGCCAUGUGAAGACCUUUUCAAGGAGAUCAUUGGAUACGAGUAAAACGACAAGAAAACAGAAACGCAAAAGGGACGAUCCCAAGGGAUGUACCCACCACCCCUAAUAUUUAAUGAUGUUCUAUAGCACUCGCAUAUUUAUAGACUUAAU